AUGGAACGGGGACACGAAACCGUCGUAGGACUACUCUUAGGACGACACGAUCUCGACACCAGCUUAAGUAACGAGGAGGGCCAGACGCUGCUAUCGUGGGCAGUGCGACAAAGAUACGAAUCAGUUGUGGGGCUGCUCCUAGGACGACACAACGUCGAUAUCGACGCCAACACAAAGGACAAAGAUGGCCUGACAGCGCUCUCGUGGGCGGCACAGGGAGGGUACGAAGGGAUUGUGAAAAUACUUCUAGAGCGGGAAGGCGUUGAAGCUGACCCAAAGGACGAGUGGGGAGGCCAGACGCCUCUGAUGUGGGCGGCACACGGAGGAUACGAGAUGAUUGUGAAGCUACUUUUGGACUGA